AUGCCAGAAGAGAAGGGGAAGCAGCGGCGGCCGCCUGAGAGCAAGGGUCAGCAGAGGCCUCAGCAAGAUGACGAGCCCGGGUCCGCUCUUCCCAGCGGCAAGCUGCGCCUUUCGAUGUCGUUGUACUGGGCGGUCAUGGCGUUGGUGGUGGUGUGCCUGAUUGUGCACCAGCGGAGGUCGGAGGGGCUGAUCCUGCGGCGAGUGAAGACGUUCUGUCUCGCGGGGACAGCUAUCUUUGCCCUCAAGAUGACCAAGACGCUCACGCAGGGCAUGAGUUCCGACGAGUCUGAUGACACGUGGGCGGACGUGCACAAGCUGCUUGCGCCGUUCGUCUACCAGAGCAUCCUUGAUGUGGCGGGGAUGUGGGUCAAGACCGGACAGUAUCUGAGCUCGCGGGCGGAUGUCAUGCCCCAGCCGUACCUUGACGAGCUGUCCAAGCUUCAGGAUGCCGUGCCGGCGUCCCCGUUCGAGGAGGUGGACGAAACCGUCAGGGAGCAGCUGGGCCGCCCUCUGGCGGAGCUCUUCGCGACGAUAGACCGGGAGGCCCUCGCCAGCGCCUCGGUCGCGCAGGUCCACCGGUGCAAGCUUAAGGACGGGCGAGAGGCUGUCAUCAAGGUUCAGCACCGACGAGUGAGGACGUUGUUUCUCGAGGACCUGAGGAACAUCAGCCGCCUUGUCAGGAUGGUUGCCUGGGCGGAGAAGGACUACGACUUCCGUCCGAUCAUGAACGAGUGGACGAAGGAGUCGUACAAGGAGCUUGACUUCGUCUGCGAGGCGAAGAAUCUUCACAGGAUCGGCGCCGCAAUGAAGCGCUCGGGGCUGGACGUCAUCGUGCCGGAGUUGAUCCCAGAGUUCACGCGUAUGAAGGUGGUGGUGAUGACCUUUUGCGAGGGCUUCAAGGUGACUGAUUCCAAGGCCCUCGCCGCCGUGGACAUCGACCGGGAGGCCGUUAUGCGAUCGGUGACCGAGUCCUUCGCAUACCAGAUUCACAUCGACGGCCUCUUCAACGGAGACCCGCACCCAGGCAACAUCCUCUUGCAACCGGCGGCGUCAUCGUCGAAAUCUGGUGGGAAGCGCGGCCGGGGGUCCAGGGCAGCUGUGCCUGUGCUGCUAGACUGGGGACUCGCUAAGACGCUUCCAGACCAUCUCAGGAUCGCUUUCAGCCGGUUCAUCUACGCCGGUUGCGAGCACGACUUCGUGUCCAUGCUCAUCGCGUUCGAGGAGAUCGGCAUCAAGCUGAACCGAUUCGACCCCGCCGAAGACAUGCACAACAUCCGCUUCCUGCUUCGCGACACGCAGCCGGCGUCCGAAGCCAAGAAAGACGUCGUGCAGUUCCACAGGAGGAUCGCGAAGAAGAGGGGCAGGGGGCUCAAGAACCCCGUCGACGCCUAUCCCGGCGAGCUGCUCUUCUUCUUGCGCGUGCACGUUCUCCUGAGGGGACUGGCUGCACGGCUGCAAGUGCGACAAAGGUACAUGGACAUCAUGGCCCCCUACGCGACGAAGGCUCUUCGCGAGAUGGUGCCCGUGGAGGAGCGUGCGACGCAAGCCGUGUUCCCUUCCCCGGUGCUCUCCCUCCUAGAAAUCAAAGUGCGCAAGCUGCUAGAAGUCCUCGUCGAUCGAGGUCAGAUCACGGGAUGCCAGGUGUGCGUGAUCUACAGGGGCCAGACUCUCGUCGACCUCUGCGCCGGGACGCAGGGGCCGGUGGACCCCCGCCCGGUCCGACCCUCGACCCUCUUCUGUGUAUUCAGCGCCGGCAAGGCCGUGUGCUCCACCGCCGUGCACCUCCUGGCGGACCGCGGCCUGCUGCGCUACGACCAGCGGCUCUCGGAGCUGUGGCCGGAGUUCGCGAGCAACGGGAAGCUCACCACCACGGUGCGCCACGUGCUUACGCACUCGACCGGACUGCAGCAUGCCUUUCCCGACAAGGCGACGUUCGACAAGGUCUGCGACUGGGGCGAGGUCCAGAGGACCCUCGAAGAUGCGCAUCCUGCGUGGCCCCCGGGGUCCCGUGCCUCGUACCACUACUUCACGUUCGGCUGGCUGGUGGCGGCUGUGGUCGAGAGGGUCGCCGGCGUCCCCUUCGGAAAGUUCGUUCGUGACGAAAUCGCCACCCCGCUGGGGCUAGAGGACUCCUUCUUCAUGGGCGGCCUCAGCGCUUGCGGCGUGGAAGCAAGCCGGAUCGCCCACGUGGAGCACAAGUUCAAGAUUCCUGGCCGUUCGGGGGUCGGUCUCGGCUCUACAGACGGGGGCGAGUCGACGGCGGGAGCGGGGGCGACCAAGCAGGAAGCAGCGGACAGCGGCAGCAGCUCCACCGCCACUACCACCAGCAACACCGACAGCAGCAGCAGCAGCGACGGCGGCGGCGGCGGCGGCGGCGGCGGCGGCGGCGGCGGCGGCGGGUUUAGCAGGAAGAGCGCCGCCGUCGUUGGUCCGGAACCUUCUCUGGACUCGAGCCAGCACGCGGCGGGCGAUGACGUCAUCGUCGGAACGGAAGACAUCGACGAGGGCCUGGACGAGGAUGGUGCGCCACGUUUGGGUCUUCUUGCGACCAUGGCCUCUGCCCUUAUGGAGGACGACCCUGAUGAGGGCGCCGCCAUCGACGGUCUUGCGCGUAAGCUUGCUGGGAGGGAGUAUUUCCUUGACCCGCGGGUGUUCAACUACCCUCAGAUGAGGGACGCCUGCAUACCCGCCGCGAACGGCCACAUGACGGCCAAGGCUCUCGCGACCCUCUACGACAACUUCCUGGGGUCGUUGGGGCUGAGCAGCAACGCCAAAGUUAAGACCAGCUCAAGCGGGCGCCGGCGUGUGGUUGCUGGACCGAGCCCCGCCACCGCCUCCAUUGCCCCUGCCAAGCCCCCGUCUUUGCUUUGCCGGGCUCGAGUUAACGAAAUGCGGGCGUACCAGGUGAAGGAAAGCAGCUCGCUCCACCUUUUCUUCGGCCUCCCGAUGGGGGGCGUCCGGUACUCGCUGGGCUACCAGAUGUUCGGCUUCCGCGAGAAGCCGAAGCUGCAGCAGCUGCAGCGGCGGCACGAGCCCCCGUCUGCCGCGAGCAGCAGGGGCAGCACCACCAGCAGCGUCUUCGGCACCCGCCGGAGGCUGAGCGAGAACAGCACCACUCUCCUGGGCGGAGGGAGCACGACCGGAAGCACGCUCUUCAGCAGGGCCGCUUCCUUGUUCGGGGGGGGGGAGUCUGAUGACGGCACGGUGCCCCUGACUGAUGCUGCUGCUGCCCCCGCCACACGGGGCCGCGUGCGAUUGUCGGGGCUAGGCCACGUGGGGAUGGGCGGCAGUGUGGCUCUGUGUGACCCGGCCUCUGGUCUGGCGUUCGCCAUGGUCACCAAUAAGGUGGCCACCGGCCGCGAAUGUUCCACUGCGGUGCUGAGCCUUGUGUGCGAGGAGCUGGGCAUCGGAGACCCGUCGCACUUCUUCGAGGACUAACACGAAUGUCGUUGCGAAACGGAUGGGCGGCUACAUGGUUGUCGUGCAUAUUCGAGCGCAACGACGCUUUUGUGUCUGGCACGGAUGUGACGUGCAGCAGCCUCUCGUAGCGGUGCAGGUGCAGGGUGUGAUUCCUCGGGUUGUCUGGUGUCGUUGGCCCUUGAGAGGUUGGGAUACGAUGCACUAGACGGGCGAGCUGUGCACGUUUUCCUAUGUAGCAGUAUAGGUUCGAACAAUUACAGGAUAGCUGCACCGCAUGUUUUUUUUCUUCUUCUUCUUUUGUUUGGGGGAGGAACGGCAUUGGGGGUGGAACGUUUGGGUCGCGUACCGAGCGAGGUGUGACGGUAGUACAUAAGUGCGAAAACUAUAGAUACUCUUGUUACCAUAGGCACCAAAGCACUGAUUCUUGCGACUUGAAAUGCCUCGUUCGCGAGAAGAUUGAUUCAUCCCUAGGUUUGGACUGUAGGUCAGAAGUUCAGAGCCAACAAGUCUCUCCGUCGCGAGCACGGUUGUCCCCGUGAAUGUAUAUAGUCGAUGCUAUGCUAUGCUACAGGAGGCCGACGAAAAGAAGGAACGAUUGCUGAGAGGGUACAGCAGUAUGCGUAGCUGCUUUAUAAACCUCUGUCGCGGCGAAAGUUGAAGGAGAGGGCCGCACAGGGGCUGUCUCUCUCUGCUCCGCGUGCCCCCCGCCUGGUACGCACAAUUGCGUAACUGCCGACCGAAAAGAGGUGCCGUGGUGGUAUGACUUAACAUGUACCGUAGGCGGGAUGGAAGGGAAGACCCCUAAAUAUUUUAUAGAAAUAAAUGUGUAUUUUGGCUGCAGGAAGAACCGGUGUUGUGGUGCUAUGUCGUGCGGCGACGGUUGGAGGUCACCCCGUUGUUACGCGAGUGGUCGGUUUUGUGGCGAUGGCCCUCGGCCAGACAUCAGGGCGUUGCCGCUGCUGUAUGGCAAGGCGGG